GUCUUGUCAUUUAACUCUUUGACCUCUAGUAGUUGGCCUCUACCAUGGUCAAUCUGCUGGUACACCAUUGACUGGGUGACAGCUCCCUCACAAUGGCUUCUUCAACGAUAAAAGAUGUCAUAUGCAACGAAAGCCAUUCGAUAACCCGAAAUAGGGGCGAUGCAGACGGCAAUCUAUCUGCCCAUUCCGCAGGCCGCUCUAGCCAGGUAAUGCAGGAGGCCACCGUCGACGAGAUAUCGGAUGCUGCCCGCUUGCCUGGAGAUUCCGAGUAUCUAACCGGCGCAAAGUUCGGGCUUCUCAUGUUUACACUGGCUGCAGCCCUUGUCCUCAGCAGCAUAGACAUGAACAUCGUCGCCACGGCUGUGCCCAGCAUUACUGACUACUUCCACACUGUCGCAGAUGUCGGCUGGUAUGCUUCUGCGUUCAGGCUCUGCCAAUGUGCCUUCCAGUUUGUAUUUGGCAAGGCGUACAAGCUCUUCUCUAUCAAGCGUGUCUUCUUACUUGCCAAUGCCAUCUCUAUUGCAGGCUCGCUGCUCUGCGGGGCGGCCGCUACGUCGACUAUGCUUAUCGCUGGGAGGGCUGUAGCUGGACUUGGCUCAGCUGGUCUUCUUUCAGGGUGCUUUGUUAUCCUUGUGCAAUCAACACCUCUACGCAGACGGCCUAUGUUCACCGGCGUAAUGGGCGCCAUCGAAGGCCUGGCUACGCUAUCUGCACCAAUCCUCGGCGGUGCCCUUGUGCAGUCGCUUGGUUGGCGAUGGUGUUUUUACAUUAAUGCGCCUAUCAGUGCCGCUACGGUGUUGUUGACGUUGUACUGUUUCUCAGAUACACCGAAACCUAGUAACGUUGCACGUAUGGUACUCAAGGAAAAGAUCGCGCAACUUGACCUAGUUAGCAACCUGCUCCUGAUCCCAGCGCUGACUAGCCUCUUCCUCGCAUUCUCGUGGGCCGGUACUAAGUACCCCUGGGACAGUGGCCCGGUGGUUGGUCCUCUUGUUGCCUUUGCUGUCCUUAUAACCGCCUUUGUCUACAAUCAAAUCCGCCGAGGUGACGCUGCUGCCCUCCCUUUACGGAUUAUGAAGCACCGCAGCGUUAUCGCCGGGUGCAUUUUCAUCAUGUGUGUAAAUGCCACUGGCAGUGUGCUCGAAUAUUAUCUGCCUACUUACUACCAAGUUGUUCGUGGAUAUACUCCUGCCAAAAGCGGCUACAUGAUGCUCCCUAUUAUCAUCGCCGGCACCAUUGGUGCCCUGAUCCACGGCUUCGGGACCAGCGCCUUUGGCUACUACGCACCAUUUAUGCUCUUUGCCUCGAUUAUGAUGCCUAUUGCUGCUGGUCUUAUAACUACGCUCAACAUCAACACUAGCUUCGUGCAACUGAUCAUAUACACCGCCUUCUCCGGCCUAGCCUACGGCAUCGGCUUCUCAGGACCGCAGAACGCCGUGCAAACGGUGCUGCCCGCGGAGGAUGUUCCGCUAGGCAUAUCUAUCAUGCUGUUCGCACAGUCUUUCGGCCCGACUGUGGCGAUCGCAAUUGCACAGGUCCUGUUCGUAAAUCAACUGUCGACCAAUCUAAGUGGUCUCGUACAGGGACUUAGUGGAGCAGAUAUCGAAAACAUUGGCCUGACUCAGAUUGCGACGAGCGUGCCGCUAGCAAAGUCGAGAGAGGUUCUUAUGGCGAUUGACAAAAGUCUCAUCCAGACAUGGUAUCUGGUGGUUGGGCUGGCGUGUGCGACGAUGGUUGGGAGUUUGUCGAUAGAAUGGCGGUCGGUCAAGUCGAGACGCGACUAGAUAUACUAGACGGUCAACCAUGACACGAAUUUGAUAUAGCCUCCUGUAGUAUAAGAGCUUUAGUUUCAAGGCAUUUUGACUGAUAAAGACCAACAUCGGAAAUUUUUGCGGAUAUACCAAAUAGUCGUCCUUCAAAUUGGAAAAGACCGUGACAAAG